UUUUCCUUUUCUUCUCUGUGUGUUGACCAUAGCCGCCGUUGAAAGUUCUCACUCGUGAGGGUUUCGUGCGCUUCUACAGGCGGCCGCGUUGGACCAGGACGCAUUCGAUCGCCGGGUAGGUCUUCUCGCAUUCGCGGUGGCGGAGCUCGAAUUUGGAGCACUGGUCACCGAAUCCAGCCGGCGGGCAGUGGUUUCGCGAGAGAUCUCGCGCCUCCUCUCGGUUGUUAGGUCGGGAUUGGAUGGAUUGGAGGCCUGGGGAAUUCCGGGACGACAAAUGCGAGCUACCUAGCCAUAGGAAUUUGGUCGAUUAGAGGCGUGGCAUCUGGGAAUUGCUAGAGAUGGCAGCGGCGACCAGAUGAUGCCAGAUUUGGGAAGAGGAAUUUAGGCUCCUGGAUAGACACACAGGGUUUUUGGUAUCCAAUUUCUCUCUACAAUGGCACAGGAGAAAACCUCGGCUUAUUUCACAGCUAGUGAGGCGGUCGAGUCACUAGGAAAAGGAUUCGAUGUGACUUUGGAUCUUAGGCUUGCUGGAUGCAAGGGCCCAUCCGGGCGCCUCGUAGAGCUCGACGAGACAAGCCAUGAAAACCUCUACGUCCAGGACCGGGUCGUCAUUCCCAAUGUUUCCAAAGACAUAAGAUGUGACAAGGGGGAGUUUACGCAUUUUCGGUCUGAAGUGCUUACAUUUCACCAGAUGUCGGAGCGAUUCAACCAAGAACUUUCUAUCACCGGGAAAAUGCCACUCGGGCUUUUCAAUACCAUGUACAGUUUCAAUGGGCCCUGGCAGGCUGAUGCCUCGACUACGAAAAGUCUCGCACUCGAUGGCCGGUUUAUAACAUCUUAUAAGCUGCAAAUUGUCAAGAGUCCGUUGGUUUUGCGCGAGGAGGUGAAGAAGGCAGUCCCAGCGUCUUGGGAUCCUGCUGCAUUGGCCAAGUUCAUAGAUACGUACGGGACGCACAUUAUUGUCAGUAUCAAAGUAGGAGGUAAAGACGUUGUUUAUGUCCGGCAACACCAGUCCUCACCGCUGUCGCCAACGGAGCUUCAAAAGUUUAUCAAACGAAUCGCCGAUCAAAAGUUUGCCGAGACAAAUGGCCCCGUCAGUGAUUCCAGAAAUAUAAAGGACAAGAUGCAGACGUCGGACUUGCUCGCAGGUUCCAACCAUGCUCACCGCUUGCAGCUAGAGACGCUUGCGUCGUCUGGUAGUUUUACAGCGAAGGAGGACGUUGAAAUCAUUUUUCGGCGAAGAGGUGGUAGCAAUCUUCUGAAAAGUCACAACGAGUGGCUUAAGACUGUGGCUGAUGCUCCUGAUGUCAUAUCCAUGACCUUCGUUCCCAUUACGUCUCUGCUAAACGGAGUACUUGGGAGUGGAUUUUUGAGCCAUGCGGUGAACCUUUACCUACGUCAUAAACCUCCCAUCGAGGAUUUACAGUACUUCUUGGAGUUCCAAAUUCCUAGACAAUGGUCACCGGGCUUUGAUCUUCCUCUCGGGCCUCAAAGGAAAGAACCCGUGUGUCCGGCAAUGCAAUUCAGUUUGAUGGGUCCAAAGCUGUAUGUUAGUAGCGCGCAGGUGACAAUAGGAAGAAGACCCGUUACAGGACUACGGCUUUUCUUGGAAGGCAAGAAAUGCAACAGACUGGGCAUUCACUUGCAACACCUCUCGAGCCUUCCAAAGAUCCUACAACCGCACUGGGACUCAAACGUCCCGAUCGGGCCGCCGGUGUGGAAGGGCCCCGAGGAGCAAGACAGCAAGUGGUUCGAGCCGGUGCAAUGGAAGAGCUUCUCUCACGUGAGCACGCAACCGGUGGAGUUCCUCGAGGAGUCCUACGUAGGCCAGACAUCCGGCACCUACAUUGUCACCGGCGCACAGCUCGGAGUCUGGGACUUUGGCAUGAAGAAGGUACUCUUCCUGCGGCUCCUCUUCUCCAGAGUCCCCGGCUGCGCCAUCCGGAGAACAGUCUGGGAUCACUCGCCAACGACGUCGCAAAAGUCCGGCCUCUUCUCGCAGCUCGGGCUGAGCUCUACGUUCUCGGGCGCUCAAAAGGCCAAGCCGGCCCCGGUGGUGCUCAACUCGGCCGUGUACCCGGGCGGUCCGCCGGUGCCGGUUCCAAGCCCGAAGCUCCUCAAGUACGUGGACAUAACCGAGAUGACCAAGGGAGCCCACGACAUGCCGGGCCAUUGGAUAGUAACCGGCGCGAAGCUGGACGUGGACAGGGGCCGGAUAGCGCUACGCUUGAAGUACUCGGUGCUGCAUUAUUGAUGUAUAAUUGGAAUCGCGCGCGCGGCUUGAUCAUCCCUAUCCCCUUCUUUUGACGCAAAGUUGGCGAUCUUCUUCGUUCGUUACCUUGUGAAAAAAAUUCUCGCAUCAAAACGUUGUAUUUAGUAUUGAUACAAUAUAGUUGUUAUUGUUUGCGCA